AGGUUGCUCAUCUCUAGUUCAUCUAUGGUCACAUUCGUGUGAAUUUUGUUUUUAUUUUUGAUUUAAAUAAACAAACAUUUAGGAGUCAUGGAUAUCACACUGGUUUGCCGGAUUUGCGCUAAUAAAAUAAAGGACAAGAAGCGCGAAAGACAUGUGUUCAAGUACAUGCGCGGAAAGCUGCUUUUCCAACUGAAAAUGAUAACUGGCGUCGAGCUGUCUACCAAUCAAGGCUUGCCGGAGUUUGUCUGCGAACGCUGCUUCUCCGAACUGGACCUGGCGGUGAAGUUUCGGGAGCGUUGCAUCUUCUCCCAAAAGUACUUGCUGGAUAUGGUCAAGAAGUCCACUGAAGAGGACCGCAAAAAGUACGUGCCAACGGAACUGCAUGAGCAAUUGAUUGACCCGGACCAACUGGAGCCAACCAUUGACGAUGAUGAACUCUUCAUGGGUUUUGACAGAGGCGAUGACGAAGAGUUCACUUCCGAAGAGGACCCCCAGGCGGCGAUGCUCGUCGCAGCGGAAGAGGCGCACAAGGCUGCGAUAAAGGAGGAGCAGAUGAGUCGCGCAGCAAAGCGACGCCGUAACUUCUUCAUAUGUGAACAAUGCGGGCAGUUCUACGAUGACGAGUACUCCUACAAUGAGCAUUUGGAUGCGCACCAAGAACGCAAGGAAAUGAAGAUGUUCUUCCCAUGUACCGAAUGCCCCGAAACAUUCACCAAAAAGACCGAUUUGAAACAGCAUAGGACGCGAUGCCAUAUUGGCCAGCGCCAUUUCAAGUGCUCGACUUGUGGUGAAGUGUUUGUUUCAAUGGGCGCCAAGUUGCGACAUGAAAAAGCCCAUGAGAAUGAACGCCCUUAUCCCUGUCUGCAGUGCGGAAAGAUAUUCACCAGUGUCUCGGACCUAAGUGAUCAUCAUGCCGUCCACACGGCCACCAAGAUGAAAUUCAAAUGUGAGCCAUGCAGCAAGGACUUCAUGACCAAACCGCUCCUGAUGGCACACAUCAAAACAAGGACUCACCAUCGCGCCGUUAGACAAAUUGAGGAUGAAAUUAAUUUUAUGCGUGACUUGGACAGUGAAUAAUCUUUCGAAUCAU